GUAAAAUUAAAGAAUCUUGCAGAAAGCGAGAACUGGAGAAGCAAAGCAUUCCCCUCCCUCCAACACACACACGCACACAGACACACACACACACACCAACACACCCGGUAGACUGUGAGCUGAAACUAUAGAGCAGCCAGAGCCUGAAGAUGCUGCAGAAAAAGACCUGAGCAGUUUCGGUCCCAAAGCGGAGAUGGGCUGCAGCAGCUUCACAGCUCCACGUUUUCUGCCCUUCUGCUGCCUUUUGUCUUGCUGAUCUGUCACUCAUGUUCCAGGAUUUCUCUGACCAGAGAGACAUGACCAAGCAGCCGGCCAGCGCUCCUGCCGGCUACAUCCCGACGCAGCAUCCCGACGGAGCUGCGGGACUUACAGCAAACAAACCGGACAACACGGCAGCGUGCCCGCCGCCCGCCCCUCACCAUCAGCCGGCGCCUCAGCCGCCGCCUCCGUGCAAUGAGAGCAAAACUUUUUGUCCCACGGAAAAUAAACCAGGAGAACUGGACAGCAAUAAAGCUUAUGGGACGUUUAAAAGCACCCCACCGGCGGUCCCUGGAUCCGUCAACUCGGCCUUAAGGAAGGAUUCCGCAGGUUCGGCCCGCGGGGGGUCCGCCCAUUACGGAGACCCGCUCCGGGCCACCGCAGAGCAGAACAACACCGCGGGCAACUGGACGGCCAUGAGUCAGACCACCAUCAUACUGGGAACAGAUGGGAACACGUCUGUUCAGCCCGGCACCGUGACGGGGAAUGACGAUGAUGACGAGGAGGGAGAUGAGAAUAAGGCCAGAGGAAACUGGUCCAAUAAACUGGAUUUUAUUCUGUCCAUGGUCGGCUAUGCGGUGGGACUGGGGAACGUGUGGAGGUUCCCUUAUCUUGCCUUCCAAAAUGGUGGAGGAGCUUUUUUGAUCCCCUACCUGACAAUGCUGGGCAUUGCCGGGAUCCCAAUCUUUCUUCUGGAGGUGUCCCUGGGCCAGUUCGCCAGCCAGGGGCCCGUGUCAGUGUGGAAAUGCAUCCCGGCGUUGCAAGGUUGCGGGAUUGCCAUGUUGAUAAUAUCUGUCUUGAUAGCCAUAUACUAUAACAUUAUAAUGUGCUGGACACUGUACUACCUGUUCGCUUCGUUGAAGGGCUCACUGCCAUGGGCUAACUGUAGGAAUGAGUGGAACACGGUGGAAUGUAAGGACAAAGACAUGAUGCUGUUAGACUCGUGCAUCCUGCGGGACAGAAACAUGACCUCCAUCAAGAACUCCACUUUCUGUCUGUCCGCAAACGCUGUGGGAAACCUGACCAAACUGAUAAACAUGACUAUGGAUGGCAACAAGACGUACGUCAGCCCCAGUGAGGAGUACUUCAAGUACAACGUGUUGCACAUCUCUAAAGGAAUUGAAUAUCCAGGAGACAUCCGCUGGCCUCUGGCAGGCUGCCUGCUGCUGGCCUGGUUCAUCGUCUACGCCUCCUUAGCCAAAGGAAUCAAGUCAUCUGGGAAGGUGGUUUAUUUCACAGCCACGUUUCCCUAUGUGGUGCUGGUCAUCCUGCUGGUCAGAGGAGUGACCCUCCCCGGUGCCUUCGACGGCAUCCUCUACUUUAUCACACCCAAAUGGGAGAAACUGAGUGAUGCAAAGGUGUGGAAAGACGCAGCCACUCAGAUCUUCUUCUCUCUGUCGGCUGCUUGGGGAGGUCUCAUUACCCUUUCUUCCUACAAUAAGUUCCACAAUAACUGCUACAGGGAUACUAUCAUUGUGACAUGUACAAACAGUGCCACCAGUAUAUUUGCUGGGUUUGUCAUCUUCUCGGUCAUUGGUUUCAUGGCACAUGAGUUGAAGGUGCCGAUUGAGCAGGUGGCAGAUGAAGGUCCAGGCAUUGCGUUUGUGGUGUAUCCAGAGGCCCUGACCAGACUUCCCCUGUCUCCUUUCUGGGCGAUCAUCUUCUUCCUCAUGCUCCUGACUCUUGGCCUGGAUACCAUGUUUGCCACCAUUGAGACCAUUGUAACCUCCGUGUCGGACGAGUUCCCCAAAUACCUGAGGAAACACAAACCGCUCUUCACCCUGGUCUGCUGCGCGUCCUUCUUCAUCCUGGGAUUUCCCAUGAUCACAGAGAAUGGGAUGUACAUGUUGCAGCUGGUGGACACAUUCGCCGCCUCCUACUCUUUGGUCAUCAUUGCUAUCUUUGAGCUGGUGGGGAUUUCCUACCUCUACGGUCUGCAGAGGUUUUGCGAGGACAUUGAAAUGAUGAUUGGUUUCCAGCCAAACCAAUUUUGGAGAAUCUGCUGGGCCUUUGUGACUCCAACCAUUCUGACGGGCAUCCUGGGACUGAGUCUGUACCAGUGGAAGGUGAUGACGUACGAGGACUACACCUAUCCCACCUGGUCCAUGGUCCUGGGCUGGCUCAUGGUCAUCUGCUCCGUCAUCUGGAUCCCCAUCAUGUUCGUCAUUAAGAUGCACCUCGCCCCCGGCACCCUGAUCGAGCGUCUGAAGCUGGUCUGCUCCCCUCAGCCCGACUGGGGUCCUUUCCUGAUGAAGCACCGUGGAGAACGCUACAAGAACAUGAUCGACCCUCUGGGAACCAACUCCCUGGGCCUCAAACUACCCCCAAAGGACUUCCAGCUCGGCUCCUACCAGUAGCAGCCUCCCCGGGAGCCCUGCACCCGCCACCUCCAACCCCUGGAGGGGAGCCACAGGGAGGAGGAAGGGGGGACGACCUCCACCUCUUCUUCUUCCUCCUCCUCUCUUUCUUUUUCCUGUCCAUACUUCACCUCCUUUGCUUCCUGUCUUACUUCCUGUACCGUGGACAGACAGGAUCCAUUCCCUCUCCCUUCUCUUCGUCCUCACCACUUCCUCUCUUCCAUCAGAGAGGAAGUGGCUGCUGAGGUGGAGUCUCCUCCUCCGCUGCUGCUUGGUACUCGGUAAAUGGGCUAUCAUUGCCUCCCACACAUGACCACUGAUCACUCCAGAACCCUUCCCAGGGAUCUUUAUUCCACGAGAAAAAUUGUGUCAUAAAAUGACACAACUCAGACUGCACUUGCAAUAUUAGACUCACCGUAGCUGCUCCCUGUGGAGUCGUGUGUGUAUGUGUGUUCUUGUGUGUCUGUGCGUGCGGGUGCCGUCAUAUUUGUGUGUGUAGAUAAUGAAUCAUCUUGGUGCAAGCAGACACAAGAAAACAAAAAGAAAAUUGAGCGACAGAGAAACAAAACGGUUCAACGAGCUCGACGGGGAUCUGUGUUUUGUUCCAUCUGUGUACAAAAUUCCAUCGGCAAUACAAAUGACAUCAACUGCCUCGAGGGGGGGGUGGG